CGAGAUGAGACACAGCCCCCCACCCGGUACUGGACAGCACUUAUCAGGAUCUGGAGGGAGAUAAUGCGUAAGCAGGUUAAGAAACCCAAAUCCAAAGAAGAGGUGCUGCGGCAGCCUCUGUUUGGGAAUCAGAACAUUCAAGAUGGAGGAGACCAGCCAUUGUCAUUAGCAGGAGGCCAGAGAUGGCUCUCCUGGAUUAGGCAUGGGGUUUGGAAAUUAACAGGUGUUGAAUUUGAUGCAUGGGCACGGAAGUUCCGGAAUGCUGGCGCAGAGAUAAAUGGGCGAGAAGAGAAACUCAUGUUUAUUGCUGACAGCAUUGAGAGAGAUCUUGUGCUCCUGGGAGUGACAGCUGUGGAGGAUAAGCUCCAAGACGGUGUUCCUGAGGCAGUUAAAAAGUUGCGUCAAGCAGGGUUGAAGAUUUGGUUAUUGACUGGGGACAAGCUGGAGACAGCGGUGAGCAUUGCUCUGUCGUCUAAUGUGCUAAGGAGCUCGGUUCAUUUGUUCCUUAUCACUGAUGACCUGGCAAAUGAUGCCAACAAACUCCUCCAGGGCAUGCUUCAUGAAGCACAGGCCAAGGUUGCUGCACACGCCAAGCUCCCCCCAGAUGAAGCAUCAAAGAAGAAGGAGAUGGCCAUCAUCAUUGAAGGUGCAUCGCUGGAUGUUGCCCUAGAGGAUAGAAACAAGCUUGUGUUCCUGGAGCUUUGCAUGCACUGCAGGACAGUCAUUUGUUGCCGUGCAACACCAAUGCAGAAAUAUCAGGUCGUGACUCUGGUGAGGGAACAUGCGAAGGCAGUUUCUCUUGCAGUUGGGGAUGGCGCAAGCGAUGUGGCUAUGAUCCGUGCAGCCAACAUAGGAGUUGGAAUCACUGGAUACAAAGGCAAUACCGCGGUCCUCGCCAGCGAUUUUUCGCUCGCUCAGUUUUGCCACCUCACUCGGCUCCUCCUCGUGCAUGGACGAUGGAGCUAUAAACGCAAUCGAGAACUGAUAUUCUAUGUGCUGUACAAGAAUGUUGUCUACACACUGGGGAACCUGUUUCUUGCAUGUGUCUCUGGAUUCUCAGCCCAGCCACUCUUCCCGACGGUGCUGAUGUGCACAUAUGAUCUCCUCUGGACCUUCUUUCCACCUCUGCUUCAGGCAGGAUUUGACCAAGACGUUCCGGCGCACAUGGUUGAAAGCAACCCUGCUCUGUAUAAGGAAACCCAGAACGAAGCUGCGUCCAUAUUCUACAGCAGCUUCCUAGGCUGGAUGAUUGCUGCAACAUGGCACGCGUUUAUAAUUUUCUUUGCGCUGGUGAAAAUUCUCGACAAUCCCCAGCCCGACGGACAAAUCAAUGGCUUUGAUUUCAUCAGCAUCAGCAUCUACAUCCUCUUGGUGGUCGUCGUGAAUGUAAAGCUCGCACUGCGAAUAAACUUAUGGCAUUGGUUCACACACGCUGCCGUUUGGGUAGAGAGCAUCAUUCUUUUGAUGGUGCUUGUCGCCCUGCUCUCCUCCACCCCACAGGACAAAAUAGCGCAAGCGUUCUCAGAGCUCUCUGGUUAUUAUUCUCAAGCCCUCGAAAACACCUCCGUCUGGCUAGCCCUCAUCUUGGUGCCUGUACUUGCCUGCCUGAUUGACUACUUAUUUUUCACCUUCCUCCGACUCUUUCGCCCGAGUUUGUUCCAGGUUUUGCAGGAAGUGGACCAUGGAUGGAGGAACGGCAAGUUUGUAGGUCUAGUAGACCACGGCAGCGCGUCUGGUCACUUGAAGGGCGAAGGAAAGGCCAAAGAAGUGGGGAGACAGCGAAGGAGAAGCGGGGCGUCCGCAGAUGACCGCACCGAUGCAGCACAAAACAGGAAAGAGCUGUCUUGUACAGAGGGCGAUGUACACCACAAGGAGCUGUCCCCUGAAGACACUGCGGAACAUAGUCGUUCCUCCUUGAUGCGACGCGUACACAAAACGCCAUCUGCAUCUCGCAAAUCGGUCACUGAAGAAGCAAUUGCUCAGCACGGGGAUUCUCCCUCACAGCAGGAAGACGACCAAGACGGGGACGGGAUCCAAGACAACAAAAAAACACUGAAGAAAAGUCUCCGGCACUCAAUGAGUCUGCCGCCGGCGAUUCGUAGGCUAAAGUUACAAGACCGUCCUCGUGCGGAUUCCACUGAUUCGCAGUAUGACACGUCCGAUCACGACCCGAACCUGCCCCAUGUCACAUGGCGAGAAUUGCCUCAGGUUCGAGAUGGUGUUCUGCAAGUCGGCGAGCGCAGAUACAGCAUGGGGUUCGUUACGUGUACCCGCAAACAACCCUAACAUCCAUCGCUCAUUUCAUUCAACUAAAUGUCAAAGUCAAAAGC